AUGCCCGAGGGCGGCGACGGCGGGGAGGCGCCCGCGCUCAUCCCGGACGGCGAGCCGCUGCGCGAGGAGCAGCGGCCCCUGAAACAGUCACUGGGAAGCUCCCUGUGCCGCGAGUCUCACUGGAAGUGCCUGCUUCUCACGCUCCUCAUCCACGCCUGCGGUGCCGUGGUGGCCUGGUGCCGCUUGGCUACGGUGCCACGGCUGGUCCUGGGCCCCGAGGCAGCCCUGGCCCAUGGGGCCGGCGGCCCGCCGCCCACCUACCCGGCCAGCCCCUGCUCCGAUGGCUACCUGUACAUCCCGCUGGCCUUCGUCUCCCUCCUCUACCUCCUCUACCUGGCUGAGUGCUGGCACUGUCACGUGCGGUCCUGCCAGGCGCCGCGCACUGACGCCAACACCGUGCUCGCGCUGAUUCGUCGGCUGCAGCAGGCCCCGCCCUGCGUCUGGUGGAAGGCCACCAGCUACCACUACGUACGGCGCACGCGCCAGAUCACCCGCUACCGGAACGGCGACGCCUACACCACCACGCAGGUCUACCACGAGCGCGCCGACAGCCGCACGGCGCGGGGCGAGUUCGACUACUCGGCGCACGGCGUCCGCGACGUCUCCAAGGAGCUCGUGGGCCUGACCGAGCACGCGGCCACGCGCCUGCGCUUCACCAAGUGCUUCAGCUUCGGCAGCGCUGAGGCCGAGGCCUCGUACCUCACGCAGAGGGCGCGCUUCUUCAGCGCCAACGAGGGCCUGGACGACUACCUGGAGGCCCGCGAGGGCAUGCACCUGAAGGACGUGGACUUCCGCGACUCGCUCAUGGUCUUCGCCGACCCGCGCAGCCCGCCCUGGUACGCGCGCGCCUGGGUCUUCUGGCUCGUGUCGGCCGCCACGCUCUCCUGGCCCCUGCGGGUGGUGGCGGCCUACGGCACGGCCCACGUGCAUUACCAGGUGGAGAAGCUCUUUGGCGCCAGCUCCCCGCCUCCCGGGGCGGCGCCCCCCGGGCCCCCGCUGUCCCGCGUGGCCACGGUGGACUUCACCGAGCUCGAGUGGCAUAUCUGCUCCAACCGCCAGCUGGUGCCCAGCUACUCCGAAGCCGUGGUCAUGGGCGCCGGCUCGGGCGCCUACCUCCGCGGCUGCCAGCGCUGCCGCCGCUCCGUCAGCAGCAACUCGCUGCCCCCGGCCCGGCCCAGCGGGCCCCGCCUGCCCUUCAGCCGCAGCCGCCUGUCGCUGGGAGCCGGGGGCCGGGCCACGCCAGGGGUCUUCCGCAGCCUGAGCGGGGGGCCGCUGGGGCGCCGCGGAGAGGACACAGAGCCCCUGGAAAGCCCGCCGUGCUACGAGGACGCCCUGUACUUCCCGGUGCUGAUUGUCCACGGUGAUAGCGGCUGCCAGGGGGACGGGCAGGGGGCGCUCUGACCCCUCCUGGAGCCCAGAGCGGCCGGCCCCACCGUCCCACCCUGGGCUGAGAUGCCCCAGGAAUUACUGUCCUAAAGAGGGGAAAACAAACCAGCCACACACGUGGGGUGGGAUGGGGGUGGGGGUACUGAUGGAGAGGACCACACAGUGACCCACUGUCAUUGAGGGGGUUG